AUGAGAAGGGGGGUUGCGGUCCGGGAGAAAGUCACCGUUUCAGGGGUCGAGGGGUCCAACGGCAAACCGACGUCUUCUGAGCGCCGUGAAACCGAAGCGUAUUCGCAAACUGUACAGCGAGCGUUUCAUCCAGAUCACGCCGUGCUAGUCGAUUUCGCCGAACCGACGGACUGUCUGCUGUACAAAACUCCCCUGGCAGAACCGCAAACGGACGGGACAGGGCACGGAUCCGAAGGCGGACGUACACAGGCAAAGAGAAGGCUGGAGCUGGACAUAGGUGACCAUCAGUACAUUCAAGAUGUUGGAAGGACCUCCAGAGCCAAGAGGUCCCCAGCAUCUCUCGCCGACAGGAAAACAAAGGCUCCCAAAUCUCCACCAGAUAGGACACGCUUUGACACCUCCCUUUGCUUACUCACCCGGAAGUUCCUGCAACUUUUAGCCCACUCCAGGGAUGGGGUGGUGGACUUAAACACGGCUACAGUGGAGCUGGGUGUCCCAAAGAGACGUCUCUAUGACAUCACUAAUGUCUUGGAAGGAGUCCACCUUGUCAAGAAAUCCUCCAAGAACAAUAUCCAAUGGCUGGGGUGCCAGUUAUCUGUUGAUAGUAACCAGGUGCGCUACAGAGACACCGCCAGAGAAAUCCAGGAGCUCAUCGAUAAAGAGAGUAAGUUGGAUGAACUGAUCCAAAGCGGCACUCGCCAGGUUCACCAGUUGUCUCAGGACAAGCACAGUGGGAGAUUUGCGUACUUGACGCAUGAAGAUGUGAAGAUGAUCCCUAGUCUUACAGAGCAGACGGUAAUUGUGAUAAAAGCACCUGCCAACACCAAGCUAGAAGUGCCACACCCAGAUGAGAGCCUUCAGGUUCAUCUGAGAAGCACCCAGGGCCCCAUUGAGGCAUUUCUCUGCUCAGAUGACUCUUUUCCCUCAGAUGUAGUGAGUGGAACCAUCACCAAUAUUUGCCACAGCAGCCAAUCAAAUCCAUUCCCUGAUGUGGGCAACUUGGCCACUUCCUCUUCAUCCUUCGUCAAAGUGUCUUCCCAAGAUGGUGCUAACCACUUCUCCAGCAGCAAUGGUUUCUUCAACCCCCUCUAUGGACUUCCACAAGGCUCACCAUCAGUUGCUGUGACUCCCACCCCCCCCUCGCCCAACUCUUUUACUUCUCUUCAGCCGCUUACUGAGGACCAGCAGACCUUUGCUACCCUUACCCGACCCCUGUCCCUCUCUCUUGGUGGGGAGGACUACCUGCUGAGCCUAGCUGAUGAUGAGGGCAUCACUGACCUCUUUUCCUCUGUUGACUUGGGCUGCCUUCCCCUGCAACUCAUCUGA